GUUGAGGCAGACAGGAUCGUUCAGUAAAGAGGACAGAACUUUUCAGAGUAACAGCCAAACUCGAGGGGUGUGAGGAGAAAUUGUCAGGAGGUGCUGGGAAGCUGCAGCUGGACAUAAAUAUAAAGACAACAGGUGGAGCGUUAUCAUUCCCUAAUUUAAACCCCUGACCGAAGUGGAGUGGACAAAGACUGUACCAGAAUCAAGUCUAAACUUCUGUUUCAGUUUGAUAUAAUCAAAUUGAAAGAUCAGCUAAAGCAAAGUGAAGUUUUGAAGCUCAAAAGAUACUUUGUAAACUCAGGGAGCUGUUACUGGUAGUGGAGGUUGAGACAUUAGCAUCAGAAUGUGUUCAGGCGGCUUUGCCAAGUGCUUGGGGAUCAGUCUGAUGCCUCUGGCUAUUGUAUGUGUGCUGUGUAACAUCCUGCUCUUCUUCCCCGGAGGAACGUCCGUGGACAGCAAACACAUCACAGUUGAGGUCUGGUACUUUGGAGGCAUUCUGGGAUCCGGAGUGCUGAUGAUCUUCCCAGCUCUGGUCUUCCUGGGUCUGAAGAACAAUGACUGCUGCGGUUGCUGUGGCAACGAAAGCUGUGGGCGGAGAUUCGCGAUGCUGAGUUCCAUACUCUUUGCAGGUGUGGGUGUUUUGGGGGCUGGUUACUCAGUUAUUGUUUCUUCUGUGGCCAUAAACCACGGACCUAUGUGUUUUUUUGAGAAGAACGAGACGGAGAAGGUGUGGGGCACUCCCUUCUCAAAUGGGGACUACCUGUCCAACAAGACUUUCUGGACGCUAUGUGAAGAGCCAAAGGAUGUGGUGUCCUGGCAUCUCUCCCUGUUCGCUGUGCUGCUGGUCAUGGGUUUAAUCCAGAUGGCACUGUGUGCUGUGCAGGUGGUGAACGGCCUGCUGGGAGCUCUGUGUGGGGACUGCUGUGGAGGGGGCGAUGGAAACUGAGUCUGAGCUCUUCCCGCAAGUGUCUGACGGCUGCUUCCUGUGUUUAUUCUGUAGGACGACAGUUGUCCCUUUGCUUUCUGACGCUCCCCUCUGUUUCUGCAUCAGAGCUCAUUGAUUGCAUUGUGUGUGCUAUCUAAAAGCACUGGUGAAAUGACAGAGCUCCAAUUUUUUCAACCGAUGACUUCACCUUCAAAAACUUGCCGCUGAAGUUAAUUAUUUUUCUCUCAUCGUAUGUAUCUGAAUCACUUCUUGCCAAUUCAGUCAAAACGUUAAGUAAAUACCUUAUUUUUAUAUAUGUAUGAAAAUGAUAUGGGAGCAUGAGGCAGGACAGGACCAUAUAAUUGCUCUAAAUACUGUUUUUUUCUUAUCCAGUUAAAGUUAAACAAAGGUAGCAGCAACAUGUUCAAGAUAAUAAGUUUCUCUAUUCAGAUAAGAUGUUUCUGUUGCAUGACUGCCUCCUGCUGGGCAUUUUGCUGUUUUACGUUUGAUGAGAUGGGGGUUAAAAAAAUUGAACAUGUGUCUACACUGUCAAUAAAAUCUCAUAUCUUGUUAUCAUAA